UUCUAUUGAACUUUGUUACACUGGUGCCGAAACCCGGGAUGGAAGGAAGUAGGAGUGCCGCGGCCGGGGGGUCUGGGCCGUCCGGUUCGCCGUUUGCGGAGGUGAUUUCGUCACUCGCGGUCCUCCAUCAGGAACAACACAGAGCAUUGCUGCAGCUCAGGGAGGACCAGGAUGUGCGUUUCCAGGCGGUCCUCCUGGCUCAGCAAGAGGACCGUGAGUCGUUCCGGAGCUGGGUACAUCGGGAGGUUCGGACGGGGCCUCGCGCUGACCUGGUCCUCCAGAAAAUGGGCCCACAGGAUGAUCCCGAGGCCUUCCUUGGUCUCUUUGAGCGGGUAGCGGUAGCGAGGGGUUGGCCGGAGGAUCAGUGGGCCCUACAUCUCCUCCCACUCCUGUCUGGAGAGGCCCAGGUGGCAGCGCAGCAGUUACCUCCGGAGAAUCUCCUGGUGUACGCUGAGCUGAAGAAGGCCAUCUUGCAGCGGGUCGGCCGGAGCCCUGAGGAGUAUCGCCAGCGGUUCCGAUCGCUGGGGUUGGCGGAAACCGGCCGGCCCUACCUGCUAGCUCAGCAGCUCCGGGACUCCUGCCGCAAAUGGCUGAUGGCCGGGAAUAGCGACGUCGCGGGUAUCGUGGAUAAGGUGGUACUGGAGCAAUUCACGACCUGUCUGCCCCGGAGAACAGCGGCCUGGGUCCAGUGCCACCGUCCGACGUCGCUGGACUCGGCCAUCCAGCUGGCGGAAGACCACCUGGUUGCGUGCCCUGGAAUCGGGGAAAUGCUACCAGCGGUCUCUCUCCCUACACCCGCAACCCGGCCCAUACCAGCACCACGGACCCGUCCCCCGAUACCGCUGAGGGGAGGGCCCCGGGGACGCGGAAGCUACGCGACCGGACCGACUGAUGGAGGGGGAACCUUGGCCGGCAGGUCCGCCGCGCUGGAGACGGGCAGCCACCCCUACACCUUGCCCUACAACCCACCUGCCUCUGCCUCUCCACGCCAGUUAGCGAGCCCACUCCCUGCCACUGGGGUGGCGGGAAGGCCUGGGCCGGCUUGUUGGCGCUGCGGGGACCCGGACCAUUUCAUAGAUCGUUGCCCGGUAAUGGAUGUGGGAACUAUGAUCCGGGUCCCCGACGAGCCGCGAGCUGCCCCUGGUCCAGCUGGCCUGUACCAAAUACCCGUGAGUAUUGGGGGGGGUACAUACCAGGCUUUGGUGGAUUCAGGUUGUAACCAGACCUCCAUCCACCAAAGCCUGGUUCGUCUCGGGGCAGGGGGUAAAAGCCGCGAGGUUAAGGUGCGGUGUGUUCACGGGGAUGUCGUAGAAUACCCUUUGUUGAACUUGCCCAUUAAAUUCAGGGGGGAAAAGCAUAGUGUGGAGGUGGCGGUUAAUCCUCACCUCCGGCAUCCGCUGAUUUUGGGGACGAAUUGGCCACUUUUUCCUAAAUUACUGAGGUUAUUGUGUGUGGAUGCCUCUUGGCGAACGAAGCACGGGAGGGGAGGCGGUGUGCAUGUGGGCAGUGUGGUGCCGGGUCCGUCGGAGCCUGACUCAGGGGAGGCGCGCGAGAUUGAGAGGGUGGUACUCUCAGAUCGCGAUGACUUUCCCCUCGAGCAGGCUCAGGAUGCGACGCUAAAAAGGGCAUUUGAGCAGGUUGCAUCCAUCGACGGACAGCCGGUCCAGCCCACACGUGCACUCUCCUACCCGUAUUUUGCUAUAAGAAGGAAUCGGUUAUAUCGGGUGACCCAAGACACCCAGACAAAGGAAGAUAUAACCCAGUUGUUGAUUCCGAAAAGCCGUCGGGAAAUGCUUUUCCAGGCGGCUCAUAGUAACCCAAUGGCAGGGCACUUAGGGCAGGGUAAUACACUGAGUCGCCUCAUGGCCCGAUUUUUUUGGCCGGGCAUUCACGACAACGUGCGCAGGUGGUGCGCGUCUUGCCGCGAAUGUCAGUUGGUAAACCCACCGGUCACCCCAAAAGCGCCGUUGCGCCCUCUUCCGUUGAUGCAGGUCCCCUUCGAGAGAAUUGGCAUGGACCUCAUCGGGCCAUUAGAGCGAUCUGCACGGGGAUACCGCUUUGCAUUGGUCCUGGUGGACUAUGCAACGCGAUAUCCCGAAGCAGUGCCACUCCGCAGCAUCUCCGCGAAAAGUGUUGCGGACGCACUGUUUCGGAUUAUCUCCCGGGUGGGGAUCCCCCGCGAGGUCCUCACCGAUCAAGGCACGGCGUUCAUGUCACGUACGUUACGCGAACUAUACGAAUUACUGGGCAUUAAAUCGAUUCGCACCAGCGUCUUCCACCCACAGACCGACGGACUGGUGGAACGGUUUAAUCGCACGUUGAAAACCAUGAUUCGUAAGUUCGUCCACGAGGACGCCAGGAAUUGGGAUAAAUGGUUAGAGCCUCUCUUAUUCGCAGUACGAGAGGUCCCCCAAGCCUCCACGGGGUUUUCCCCCUUCGAGCUCCUGUAUGGACGCCAGCCCCGUGGGGUGCUGGACGUCCUGAAGGAGAACUGGGAGGACGGGCCUUCCGCAAGUAAAAAUGAAAUUCAGUAUGUCCUGGACCUGAGAGCAAAACUCCGGACACUGGGGCGGCUAUCGAUGGAGAAUUUGCUACAGGCUCAGGACAAACAAAGCCGUCUGUAUAAUCGGGGUUCUAACCUGAGGAAAUUCACACCGGGAGAGAAGGUACUUGUGUUGCUCCCGACAUCUAGCUCCAAAUUACUUGCGAAGUGGCAAGGACCCUUUGAGGUCACACGGCAAGUCGGGGACCUCGACUAUGAGGUUAUUCGGACGGAUAGGGGAGGCGCACGUCAGAUUUACCACCUCAACCUCCUUAAAAAAUGGAGCGAGGAGGAGGCAGUGAUGCUGGCGACGGUGGUAUCCGCAGAGGAGGAUCUCGGGCCAGAAGCAAAUAUUAAACCGCAUUCCAUUGCUCUGGCCCCGGGCGGAGAUCACCUCUCACCCUCGCAGCUCACUGACCUGGCCCGCCUACAGGCGGAGUUUGCCGAUGUGUUUUCUCCCCUUCCAGGCCGAACGAAUCUCAUGCGGCACCAUGUCGAAACCGAACCGGGGGUGGUGGUGCGAAGUAGAGCCUACCGUUUACCCGAACACAGAAAAAAGGUUGUUCAGGCAGAAUUAGAGGCCAUGCUAGAUUUGGGGGUAAUAGAAGAGUCCAACAGUGACUGGGCGAGCCCGAUAGUUUUGGUUCCCAAAACGGACGGCUCGGUCAGGUUCUGCGUGGACUACCGCAAGGUGAAUUCAGUGUCGAAAUUCGACGCUUACCCAAUGCCCCGGGUCGACGAAUUGUUGGACCGGCUCGGCUCGGCUCAUUUUUAUUCGACACUGGACUUAACAAAAGGGUACUGGCAGAUCCCCCUAACACCAGUAUCCAAAGAAAAGACAGCCUUCACCACGCCGUUCGGAUUACACCAAUUUGUAACCCUUCCGUUCGGAUUGUUUGGAGCCCCGGCUACCUUCCAGCGCCUCAUGGACCGUGUCCUCCGACCCCAUGCGACGUAUGCCGCUGCUUACCUAGACGAUAUCAUUAUCCAUAGUAACGAUUGGCAGCGGCAUAUGGAGCAUUUGAGAGCGGUUCUGAGGGCGCUGAGGGAGGCUGGACUCACAGCUAAUCCGAAGAAGUGUGCGAUUGGGCGGGUGGAGGUAAAGUAUCUGGGCUUCCACUUAGGUCAUGGGCAGGUGCGUCCCCAAAUUGAUAAGACCGCAGCGAUUGCGGCCUGCCCGAGGCCUAAGACCAAAAAGGAGGUGAGGCAGUUCCUGGGGUUGGCGGGAUAUUAUAGACGGUUUGUGCCUAAAUAUUCGGAGCUCACCAACCCGCUGACUGACCUCACUAAAAAGGAAGUACCCGAUGCGGUCCAGUGGACGGAGCAGUGCCAGCAGGCUUUUACCAAGUUGAAGGCUGCCCUGUGUGGCGGGCCGCUCUUGCAUUCCCCUAACUUUUCUCUCCCUUUUAUCCUGCAGACCGACGCGUCGGACAGAGGGCUGGGCGCAGUACUGUCCCAGCUGGUGGAGGGUGAGGAACGGCCGGUGCUGUACCUGAGCCGCAAGCUCUCCAAGAGGGAAGCUAGGUACAGCACCAUAGAGAAGGAGUGUUUGGCUAUCCGGUGGGCAGUCCUCACCCUCAGAUACUACCUGCUGGGGCGGGAGUUCACCCUCUGUUCGGACCACGCUCCCCUCCAAUGGCUCCACCGCAUGAAAGACACCAAUGCCCGGAUCACCCGUUGGUAUCUUGCUUUACAGCCUUUUAAAUUCAAGGUGGUCCACAGGCCGGGUGCACAGAUGGCUGUGGCUGACUUCCUCUCCCGGCAAGGGGGGGGGGGGGGACUG